UUCGUGGACGCGCGUUCGCGUUCCCCGAAUCCUUGGAACAAACCCAUAAGCGAUUGUUUUCCAGUAGAAGAAGUUUCCAAGCAAGUUGAAUCCAACACCCGAAAGGGUCAACCGUCUUAAAGUGUAACGGAAGUGUUUUCGAUUAAUCCCGAUAAUAGUGACACAUUCAAACAUCAGCAACGUGAACAACGGACUAACGAACUAACAAUUUUGCUAGACUCUGGACCAAAUUACACGUUGAGUGAAGUUACGGACCUUACACAGCUUGGUGAAACUUGUCUUGGUGAAAAUUGCAUUGUGAAAAAGUGCAUAAAGCAGUUUGCAUGCAGCUAGCGGUAGGGAAGAGAAGCAAGUGACAACUCGUAAGACAGACAAGCGGACAGGCAACAACAAAGGGAAAACUCAACCAGUGUAACACAAAAAUUAAGUAAUUCGAGCGAUUAUCCUCCGAACACGUCAGGCGGCUUUCCGAUCGCUAUCGUAUUGCGAUUGCCGGUUGUGCGAGAUCUACUUCUGGAGUGAGGGUGGACUUAGGCUUCCAUAGUAGUAGCACGUGAACUUUUCGAGGCAUGGAGGAAGUGAAAGACCUGCAGCUGUGGAUUAUCUUUCGAAUGUGAACACACCCAUUAACCAUUUGCGGACGAAUCGCACUUGAAGCGAGCGUAGCGCAACACUGGAUUCAAGGUGUGAAGACGUCGAAAUUGGAUUGUCCCAACUCCAAGCCUUCAGAAUCAUCCGUCGCGACAAAGUGAACUAUGUUCCGUCGCACUCAGAGCCAACAUCACACAAGGGCUACUAGCAAAAAUUGGCGUAAAGAUCCAAAUUCUUGACGACGAACGCGGCAGUACUCACUACUGCCAGCCAGUGCAACGGAAUUCUUUUCUAUUCUCUAUUGCCUAAGUUUACCUAAUACAAGCUAUUCUAAAUCAUUCCAGCGAUGGUAUUCAAUGUACUGAUAGCUUCAUCUGUGAUCAAAACAGCCACCGUGGUCGGCUCUAGUCUAUGGCUAAUACCGUUUCUAUUGGGGGCCAUAUCAUACUACCGUUACGAUCGUGUCGAUCCGGAAUCACGGGUUAUCGACCAGCAGAGCUUGUAUCCGGAGUACGACUUCAUAGUAGUUGGAGGUGGCUCAGCGGGUGCCGUUGUUGCAAACAGACUGACAGAAGUGAGUCGAUGGAAGGUAUUGCUACUUGAGGCCGGACCAGACGAAAAUGAGAUAUCCGAUGUUCCUUCGUUGUCCGCGUAUCUGCAACUCAGUAAACUGGACUGGGCCUAUAAAACCGAACCCACCAAUCGAGCGUGUCUGGGUAUGGUCAACAACCGUUGCAACUGGCCAAGAGGAAAAGUUUUGGGUGGUUCCAGUGUACUGAACUACAUGGUGUACGUUAGAGGCAAUAAAAAUGAUUUCAAUCACUGGGAAUCACUCGGCAAUCCUGGUUGGGGAUAUGACGAUGUAUUACAGUAUUUUAUCAAAUCAGAAGAUAACAGGAAUCCUUAUCUUGCCAGUAAUCCCUAUCAUGGAAAGGGUGGAUUACUUACAGUUCAGGAAGCACCGUGGCAUACACCGUUGGUGGCGGCAUUCAUCGAAGCUGGCACGGAGAUCGGAUACGAGAAUAGAGAUAUUAACGGAGCUCAGCAAACUGGGUUCAUGAUCGCUCAGGGAACUAUCCGACGGGGCAGCCGAUGUAGUACAGCGAAAGCAUUUUUAAGACCUAUUCGUUUGAGAAAAAACUUACACAUAGCAAUGAAUGCACAUGUCUCUAAAUUAUUAAUUGACCCCGGUACAAAGAGAGCCAUCGGUGUCGAAUUCUUCCGUCAGGGCAAACGACAUUUUAUCAAAGCUAAAAGAGAGAUAAUCAUGUCCGCGGGGUCCAUAAACACACCGCAAAUAUUAAUGUUGUCAGGUAUUGGCCCGAGGGAACAUCUGAAUGAAAUAGGAAUUGCAACAAUAGUCGAUCUACCGGUUGGUAAAAAUAUGCAGGACCAUGUCGGAAUGGGAGGCUUGACUUUCCUUGUCGAUAAACCAGUAGCAAUUCUGCAAAAUCGUCUUGAGGCUGCUUCCGUUACAAUGAACUACGUCAUAAACGAACGAGGUCCGAUGACUGUGCUUGGAGGACUGGAAGGAAUUGCUUUCGUGAACACACCGUUUGCCAAUAUUUCCCAGGACUGGCCAGAUAUACAGUUCCACAUGGCACCCGCCUCGUUAAACUCGGAUGGAGGAGCACGUGUGAAAAAGAUUCUAGGCCUCAAGGAAGAUCUCUAUCAGGAAGUAUUCCAUCCAAUCUCUGACACUUACAGUUGGACCAUAAUGCCACUGUUGCUACGUCCUCGAUCUCGUGGUUGGGUUCGACUAAAAUCAAGAAAUCCUUUCCACUAUCCAAUAAUGAAUCCAAACUAUUUCGAAGAUCCAUUCGAUGCGCUGACACUUGUCGAAGGUGCUAAAAUAGCACUGCGAGUGGCGGAUGCGAAGGUGUUCAAACAGUUCGGCAGUCGACUCUACCGUAAACCAUUUCCCAACUGCAAACAUCACAAGUUCCUGUCGGAUGCCUAUCUUGAUUGCCAGGCACGAACCAUCUCUAUGACCAUUUAUCAUCCGGUUGGAACCACUAAGAUGGGUCCCGAUUGGGAUCCAGAGGCGGUGGUAGAUCCACGAUUGCGAGUCUACGGCGUUUCCGGGCUGCGUGUUAUAGACGCCGGCAUAAUGCCGACAAUUGUCAGUGGGAAUACCAACGCGGCUGUUAUAAUGAUAGGCGAGAAAGGUGCAAACAUGGUCAAAGAAGACUGGCUGGGACAUAUGUGCCACUUUCCGAUGUUCACAAAGAAAGGUACAAUCAUUGUGUCCUUGAUACAGUUCCUACAGGAUGGCGGGAAAAGGUUGGACGAGGAAUUUCCGAAUAGAAGAAGUGUCAACGAAGAAUAUGAUUUUGUGAUCGUAGGAGCAGGAUCAGCAGGAUGUGCUUUGGCUGCGAGGCUGUCCGAAAUCAACGAUUGGAGUGUUUUGCUGAUCGAGGCGGGCGCUAACGAGAAUCUGCUUAUGGAUAUCCCAAUGUUUGUACAUUAUCUGCAAAACUAUGACGUGAAUUGGGAUUAUAGAACAAAACCAAGUGAUGAGUAUUGUCUCGCGUUUAAAAACAACCAGUGUAGAUUCCCUCGUGGUAAAGUUAUGGGUGGAUCUAGUGUUCUUAAUUACAUGAUAUACACUAGAGGCAAUCGACGGGAUUUUGAUAGCUGGGAAGCGGCCGGAAAUGAAGGAUGGAGUUACAAAGAUGUGUUGCCGUAUUUUCAAAAGUUAGAACACAGUGUAGUUCCGGACGCAUACCCCGGAUACGCGGGAAAGCAUGGGCCAUUAUCAAUUUCCUAUGUACCUUAUAAGUCUCUGAUAGCCAAAUUGUUCCUGGAAGCCGCGACUGAGUCCGGAGUUCCUUAUGUGGAUUACAAUGGACCGAGUCAGGUCGGUGUAUCAUUUGUGCAAAGUACAACCAAAAAUGGUUAUCGUGAUAGUACUAAUGUAGCUUAUUUAUAUCCGUUGAAAAACAGAACCAAUCUACACGUUAAGAAAAAGAGUCAAGUUACCAAAGUUAUUAUUGAUAAGGAAACGAAACAAGCAGUCGGAGUGAAAUUUUACCACAAUCGUAAAUAUUACACUGUGAAGGCUCGGUACGAAGUAAUACUGUCGGCUGGUGCAAUCGGAUCACCUCAUUUGCUAAUGCUGUCCGGUGUUGGCCCGAAGCGACAUCUAAAGGAAAAAGGCAUCAAAGCAAUUGUUGACUUACCUGUAGGAUACAACUUCCAGGAUCACACAGCUGCUGGAGCUCUCACAUUCUUGGUUAACAACACCUCCAGCAUGAUGGUUGAACAAACGAUGUCACUCAAAAAUUUCAUGGAGUACCAGAUGCAGCACGGAGGUCCUCUUACUUCAAUCGGAGGGUGCGAAACAAUUAGUUUUUUCGAUUCCGAACAUCCCAAUGAUGCCGAUGGAUGGCCCGAUUAUGAGCUACUUCAGAUCGGUGGAACGAUGGCUGGAGAUCCCUCAUUCGAGCUGAACUUCAACUAUAAGCACGAAACGUUCCAGAAACUGUUUGGUGAUAUCCAAAGAAACAGCCUAAGCGGAUUUACAAUAUUCCCUCUUAUUCUACGACCUCGUAGCAAAGGACGAAUAUAUCUCAAGAGUGGAAAUCCAUUCAGAUAUCCAGUAAUUGAACCAAACUAUUUUUCUGACCCCUACGAUCUGGACAUCUCUGUGAAAGCAAUCCGGAAGGCACUGGAGAUCAUAGAACAGCCAGCAAUGCAACGACUCAAUGCCCAUUUGUUACCUAUUCCAAUGCCAGGAUGUGAACACCUUGAGUUCAAUUCCGAUGAGUACUGGCGAUGCUUUACAAGGCAUGCAACCUAUACCAUCUACCAUCACGUAGGCACAUGCAAAAUGGGUCCUCGGAAGGAUCCUUCAGCGGUUGUAGACUCAAGGUUACGUGUUCACGGUGUCAAGGGACUAAGAGUAGUCGAUGCAAGUGUUAUGCCAAAUGUCCCCGCGGGACAUACCAAUGCACCGACCGUAAUGAUUGCCGAAAAAGCAGCUGAUAUAAUAAAAGAAGAUUGGAACAUGGUUCGGUGACAGGGAACAAGUGUUUUAAACAAAUUAAAGUACUGCAGUAGGUCCUUAGAAAAGACUGUGUAAAUAAAUGUAUUUAUUUAAAUUAAUGAAUAA